AGAGUAAAUGCCAACUCUGCAUCACUGAGCAAUCUCGAAGUUUUCAAGCACCUUCAGAAAAUCAAGGACAGCAAAAGGAAACACAGGGGUCAGCUUGCUACAAUAACUUAUGAGACAAUUCGUUAUUUGGAAAAUACUCCUUGUGCUGAUGAAACUAAUGAGAGUGUGAAGGAAUGCUUGAAAGCAUUAGCACCAUUCAAUCUCAAUAAGACUGAAAUGUUGAUGAUGAUAAAUUCUCCUCCAAUAACAGCAUUGGAGAUUCAACUGAUGGUGGAAGAAAGUGAAGAAAGACUAACAGAAGAACAAGUUCAAGAAAUCCUAGAGAUAAUUGUGAGAUACUUCCCCUAUGUUGUUAUGAAGGAGGCUGAUGAAGAAGACAAUGAAUCCCAAGAAUGA